AUGAUUUGUAGUACAGUGCGUGAGCUAGAUGCACCGUUGCCAACCGAUUGUGUUGAGACUCUCAGAGAUUUCAGACUGACCGUUUUUCACGACGCUUCGAUUCAACAUGAAAUGAAAUUCCUAUCGGCAUGCAAGAAUCUCACUAAAGUAGCGUUCACACUCUCCUCAGCAGCAAACUUGGAGACAAUCAUCAGCUACCUAUCAGAGACAAGCACUUUACAAUCGGUUGCGUUGAGUCUGGAUAUUUGCGAUGCAAUUCUCUCUUGGAUUCUCUCGAAUCCUAGUAUUAAGAAGCUGACUGUUGGAGCGAUAAACAACUAUCACCAGCUGCCAAUAGGUAUUGUAGCACAAAAAGAAGAACUUGUCAAUACAACACUUGAGAAAUUGAAAUUCCUGUGUAUCUUUGAUAAUCAUCACAUUUGUAAUAGCACAGAUAGAUACGAUAUAUUCCUACAUCCAAACAAGUAUGUUACAUCGUUGAAACAGAUUAGAUAUGAUACUUUGAUAUCUGAUAAUCUGGCGUGGAUAGAAGACAUCGGAGUACCAUAUAGUUCAUUAGUAAGAAUGUCACUCGAUACACAAUGCUAUCAGUCAAACCUUGACAUUGGAAGAUUCGAGAAACUUAUGACCAUCAAUCAAACACUACAGUACCUUACUCUUGGUAUCUCGAUAUGUGAACAAAUCAAAGAUGUCAAUCUAUUUGUGAAACUACUAGAUGCAAGUGUAUCAUUACAAACAAUCGAAUUAAUUUUACGUGCCGGCAAGAGUAAUCUCAAAAACAGAUUAUUAAAGUCAAAUAACUAUUAUCAGUCACAUGUUAUAGGUAACUUUGAUAAUCAUCAUUUCUUUGUUAGAAAGAAUCAAGAUAAUAAUACUCAACAAGGAGGUUUUAUCAAAAAAUCAAUAUCCUAUCUUAAAAGUUUUAGGAAAUAA